AUGGAAGAAGAUGGAGGAGCAACAGCUACAAACUUGGCUUUCACAGAAGAAGAGGAAGAUUCAAAUGAGAUUUUAUUGAGUGUUUUGGCAGAACGUGGCCAAGUGGGUCUCUGCUUCUAUGACAGCAAACACUCGUCGGUUAACUACAUGUUAGAUACGCCAGAUAAUGAUGAGCUACAUCUGCUGUCCAGAGUCAUUCAGGAGAUUUGUCCUCAGGUGAUUAUCACCAGUGCAAAGCAAGAGCGCUGCAUGACCCGUUUCCUGCUCCAUCUGGGUUCAAAUCCAGAGUACAAGCCAGAGGUGGUAAUUUAUCCAUAUCUUGACUUUGGUCUGGAACUUGGUAAAUUGAGGCUGCUUUCAGCCCAUCUGCCUUUCCUGCCCGCUUCCAUCUCCGAGAGAGACAAGAUGACAUAUCUCUCUUCCUGCAUCACUUUUGACUCACCCCUCAUGCUGAGGACAGUGGGCGCUCUUCUAAAAUGUCUGGACAGGAGGAGAGUGGGAGUUCAGCUGGAAGACAGCAGUGUUGCCGUUCCUAUCCUGAACUUCACUUCUUACACACUCAAAGGUGUGGUGUACAUUGAUAAGGAAACAUUCAGGGUUCUGCAGAUCUUCAAAUCAGAGCAUCAUCCAUCAGUGUACAAGUUUCAUUCGGGUAAAAAAGAAGGACUCAGUCUUUACGGAAUACUCAAUUGCUGCAGUUGCAGGUUUGGAUCCAAACUGCUACGUCAGUGGUUCCUGCGGCCAACAUUGGACCACGCCGUGUUACUCAGGAGGCAGGAAGUGAUCCGCUUUUUCACAUCACCUCAGAAUUCAGACUCAUUGUGCACUUUACGGACGUCGCUACAGAACAUCAGAAACAUCCCAACUCUUCUGCGAAGGAUGUCUCUUUCGCAAACCAAAGUCACAGACUGGCAGAGUAUUUUCAAGACAGUAUGCAAUGCAGUAUGUAUCAGAGACACGAUACGCCACUUUCCUCAGUCCAUUCAGCUGUUUCGGGAUAUCAGUGAAGGCUUCUCUGAUGACCUCCAACAUAUCAGCUCUCUAAUCAGCCGCGUGGUGGACUUUGAAGCUAGCGUAGCCGAGAACCGUUUCACCAUCAAACCAAACAUACAUGAGGAAAUUGAUGACAAAAAAAGGCGGUUAAUGGGCUUGUCUGGCUUUCUGACGAACAUUGCAAGAGAAGUUCUGGACCAACUGGAUGUCAGAAUCCCAUCAUGCUCAAUCAUCUACAUCCCACUGAUUGGGUUUCUUCUCUGUAUCCCUCGACAGCCUAAUAUGGCGGUGAAAGAGGACUUCGAGUUACAAGGGCUUGAGUUCAUGUUUCUCUCAGAUGACCUCCUGCACUACCGAACCCAGAGAACCAAGGAUCUUGACAAUCUCUAUGGAGAUUUAUUCUGUGACAUUAGAGACAUGGAGACAGCAGUCAUGAUUCAGCUGCAGGACGCCAUCCUGGAGAGGAGCGCUGCCCUGUAUAAGAUUCUGGACCUAGCUGCCGAGCUGGACUGUCUGAUGGCGUUGAGCAGAGUCUCCCAGGAGUACGGCUACACCUCACCAAAGCUAGUCAGCCACAAGGCAAUAUCGAUCGAUCAGGGCAGACACCCGCUUUUCGAGGUUUGUUCUCUUAUGUUUGUGGCCAACUCAUAUCAGAGUUUGGAGUCACAGGGCAAUGUCAAGAUCAUCACCGGGCCCAAUUCGUCUGGGAAGAGUAUCUACCUUAAGCAGGUCGGCCUGAUUGUGUUCAUGGCUCUCAUUGGCUCCAACGUGCCAGCCAAGCAUGCAGAGAUUGGCCCGGUGGAUGCAAUAUUUACCUGUAUGCCUGGCAAAGAAUCUGUGUCUCUUGGCCUCAGCACCUUUAUGACUGACCUAAAGCAGAUGUCCCAGGCACUCAACAGCAGCACAGGAAACUCAUUAGUACUCAUCGAUGAAUUUGGGAAAGGGACAAACACUGUUGAUGGCUUGUCUUUGCUGGCAGCAACUGUUUCACACUGGCUGAAAAUGGCUCCUUCGGAUGUUCCUCACGUCCUGCUGGCCACAAACUUUCACAGUCUGCUGCAGCUGGGCCUAUUGCCUACUUCCAGCAUGCUUUCUCUUCUGACUCUAGAGACAGCACUAGAUGGUGAUGAAUUGGUUUUCCUUUACCAAUUGAAGCCAGGCAUCUGCCAGUCCAGUUACGCUGCCAAUGUGGCAAGGCUGGCUGGCCUGCCUGCAAACAUCAUACAGAGAGGGGUUGACGUGUCUGAGCUCUACAGAACAGGAAAAGCCAUCCCACGUGUUGACCAUGUUUCAACAGAUGAACAGGCAGAUAGAUACAGGACUUUGGUGGUGAAAUUUAUGAGCCUGGACCUGGAUGAUGACAAUCUGGAUCUGAAUAGCUUCAUGAAAGAGGAACUUCUGCCCUCUGCUGGUCAGAUUUAA